AUGGUUGACCAUCGACUUUCACGCAAUGUGUGGAGCUAUCCGACACUUUCAUGGAUAACUCCAAUUAUUCGAAUUGGAUCUAAAAAACCACUUGAGCAGCAGGCAAGUUCUGUAUUGACACACUGUCUGCCUGACCUAGGACUAAUUAGUACAAGCGAACAAUCAGUGACUGUUGCUGCGUCAUUUGCUCGGUUUUGGGAUGACUUUUCAAAACAUGCUCGUAACCCAAAAGAUUAUAAAUGUCCUAAUCUAUCGCUUACUCUUUUUGCGAUUUAUUAUCCUACCAUCAAUCCAGACGAUCCGUCGUUGCUACUUGGAUCGGGUUUGGCCAUUUCAUUUGCAUUUUUGGCUAUUUUACUUGUAAUCGCUUUGCUUAAUAGUACUCGUACCUCUCUCGAGGUAGAUCUUGCUAUUCGUGUAACAUCGCUUCUUACUGGAGCGGUUUAUGAAAAAGCACUGCGUUUAUCACCCAAAUCUCGGCAGAUAUUCUCUGAAGGAAAGAUUUUGACUAUGAUCAAUGUGGAUGUUCGCUCACUGUCCGUCUUUUUGUCUGUCACCAUUAAUCAAAUGUGGUCGGUUCCACUGCACAUUGUCAUAUCCAUGUACUUGCUGUCGCAAUUGAUUGGACGCGCUGUAUGGUCAGCGGCAGGCAUUUACAUUCUCUUUACCCUUUUCCAGAUGGGCUUGGGAGGGGCAAUGUCCAAGGCUGUCAAUGGAUAUCUCAAAACUUUUGAUCAUCGCAUUACAAUCUCACGCGAGUUUCUUGGCGGCAUUCGUGUCAUCAAGUACGGUGCACUGGAGGAAAUUUUUAGACAGCAUAUCCGUUAUUGGCGUGAUUUGCAAACCAAGUCAUUACAGCUGUUUAGUGUAUCGAUCAUUUUCAUUACUAGCUUGCUGCAGAUACAGGAGGUGUUUGUUCCUGGUGUUGCUUUUGCCGUGUAUGCUACUCUUGGUGGUGACAUGCAUAGCUAUGUUCCAUUUUCUGCGCUUGGUAUUUUUAACAUGCUGUUGAAACCCAUGAACGAAGUUACUUUGAUUUUUGCUGCUGCUGCACAAGCAGGUGUCAGUUAUCAACGCAUGGCCCCAUAUUUAAUUUCAUCUGAAGUUUUAGAAUCUGAAGUAUCACAGGUUCACAAGUCUCAACCUGAAAAUAGUACAACUGCUAUUAAACUUGAAGCGGCUGAAUUUAUUUGGGAAUCGGCUAGAGAAUCAAACCAAUCAGCCAAGAACAAAAACAAUUCCAAGAAAUUCAAAAUGCUACUCAAAAAGUCUAGUUUGAAUUUGGACAAUUCGACUGUAUCACUCAUAGAUAAACCGUUUCGGAUCCAUUCCACUACGCUUGAUAUCCCGCAAAAAUGCUUGGUAGCAGUUGUUGGUGCCGUUGGUAGUGGAAAAAGCUCGAUGCUAUCUGCUUUGAUUAGUGACAUGUGCAAAGUAUCUGGCCAAGCAAAUAUUUAUGGGUCUAUUUCAUACUGUUCACAAGAACCUUGGAUUAUCACUGGUACGAUCGAGGACAACAUUUUGUUCAACAAAGAAUCGGCUCGUGCCAAUAUUCCCAUGGCGCUUUCUGCAUCGUGUCUUGAGCUUGAUCUGAAGGGUAUGGAAUUUGGUUUAGGAACCCAAAUUGGAGAAAAGGGGAUAAAUCUAUCUGGUGGUCAGCGAGCACGUAUUGCUCUUGCACGGGCGAUAGCACACGAUGCUGAUAUUUAUUUACUGGAUGAUCCGCUUGCAGCUCUCGAUGCACAUGUUGGCAAGAAAGUGUUUGACAAUGCUAUUUGUGGAGUAUUGAAAAACAAGACUGUUGUCUUGGUGACUCAUCAACUCCAUCUGUUGCCCAAAAUGGACAUGAUUGUUGUCAUGGACAAAGGCAGUGUCGUUGAAACUGGAACGUAUAGUGAUCUUAUUGCAAGUCCAAGUAGCCAUCUCUCGCACAUCAUGUCCAAUCAUCACGUUGACACAUCUGAUUUGGAUAAUGAGACCGAUAUUGUCGUGGAAGAAAUGGCUGAAACUAAAACUGCCAUGACUGAAAAGCAGGAUAGCCCGUCCCAGGAAGAACGCAUAGUAGGACGUAUCAAGCUAUCUACAUUAAAAUCGUACAUGAAUUUCUGUGGUGGUAUUCCAUACGUCGCGUCACUAUCUAUUGUAGUUUUAAUUGCUACCAUAUCGGUGAUUUGCACUCAUUUGGCACUUGGUUGGUGGGCAGAAGAUACACUUGGUUUGUCGAGCCAGGAAUACAUUCGCAUGUAUAUCUUACUUGGCAGUUUAUCAGCACUUUCCAGUAUUGCCAUGACAACGCUAGUAUUACUUGCUGGAAAACGAGCAAGUGUCUUCAUUCACCAUACUGCUUUGGAUGGACUUAUGCGCACGACAAUGGGAUUUUUUGAUACCCAGCCGAUUGGACGCAUUUUGAAUCGCUUAUCUGGUGAUAUAGAAUUGAUUGAUCUUAAAAUGCCGGAAGCACUAUUAGCUGCAGUGAAUUUUAUGAUUUAUGUCAUUGCAGGAGUGAUUGUAAUUGCCACGUCAUCCUUUAUCCUGCUUGCACAAUUUGCUUGUCUAGCAGUGCUUGUUGUUAUACUGUUUCGCUUUUUUCAAUCGUCGUACAGAGAGCUUCAGCGACUCGUGGCUAUUAUGCGAUCUCCACUCAAUGCUCAUAUUUCCGAAACAUUGACAGGGAUUGCAACCAUCCAAGCCUAUUGCAUGCAAGAUUCAUUUAUCCAUCAACAGAGACUAAAUAUGGAUCAGUGUAGCGUUUCGAAUAUGUAUUUUGAGGGUGCUCGCAAUUGGCUAGCACUUUGUCUUGAGCUUUUGGCGGCAUCAGUAACGUUUGUGCUUGUUCUGUUGGCUACAUUGCGUGUCGGUGGUUCUACCUCGACAACACUUGGAGUUUCACUUGUAGCAUCGAUGGGACUCAGCGACUCGCUAAACAUGCUCAUGACAGCAUGGGGAAAAACAGAGGCCAUGUUUAAUGCCGUGGAGCGAUUAGAUCACUACUCAUACGAAUUGAAAUCCGAGGCAGAAGGUACUCUUCCAACAGAUCCUAAACCCAAGACGUGGCCAACAAAGGGUGCAAUUGAAAUUAAAAAAUUGAGACUUGCAUAUGAAAGUAGGCCCGAUCAUCCUGUUAUCAAGGAAAUAUCGUUGUUUCUCAAACCUGGUGAAAAAGUGGGCGUUGUUGGUCGCACUGGAUCAGGCAAAUCAACACUUAUGGCAUCACUAUUUAGAAUCAUUGAAGCACAAUCUGGUUCUAUUGAGAUUGAUGGGAUUGAUAUUUCCACGUUGGGGUUAAAAACGUUGCGAUCGAGUCUUCAGAUUAUUCCACAAGAACCGAUUUUGUUUAGUGGUACAUUUCGCAGUAACCUUGAUGUGCGAUCUGAAUACACUGAUGAGGAGAUAUGGCGUGCUUUGGAAACAGUUGGUCUCAAUACUUAUAUUUCAUCUUUGACGAAUAAGCUUGACUCGACGAUUUCAGAAAACGGCACGAAUCUAUCUGCUGGUCAACGACAGCUGAUAUGCCUCUGCAAAGCCAUAUUAGCCAGUCCAAAGGUACUUGUGAUGGACGAAGCAACAGCAGCUGUUGAUGCAUCGACUGACAGACGGAUUCAGGAUUUAAUCCAAACACACUUUAGCGACACUACGGUAUUUAGUGUAGCACAUCGAUUGAACACGAUUGCCGCGUUUGAUCGUGUUCUUGUUCUUGAUCAAGGCACGGUUGCCGAGUUUGAUGCACCUCAUGUUCUGUUACAAAACAAAGAUUCUGUGUUUAGUGAUUUAGUCGAGGCCACUGGUAUUGCUAAUGCGACUGUGAUUCGUUCUAUGGCUCUGGAACACUUUAAAGCAUCGAAUAUGUGA